UUUUUUUUUUUUUUUUUUUGACUUUUCGUUCAUCACUCACUCUAUCUUCGUAUUUGACUCUCUACCCCGGAGACGGAGAGAUCUGAUCUUUCUCCCCAAUUCGAAAACUCCCAAAAAAAGAAAAAAAAAAUGGAAGAGAUCGCCGAUCAAACCUUCUUCCGCUACUGUAUCCUCACCCUAAUUUUCUCCGGUCCACCGACCGCCGUCAGUCUCAAAUUCCUCCAAGCUCCUUACGGCAAACACAACCGUACCGGAUGGGGUCCGACCUUAUCUCCUCCGAUUGCUUGGUUCCUCAUGGAGAGUCCGACCUUGUGGCUCACGCUCCUUGUCUUCCCCUUUGGUCGUCACGCUCUCAAUCCUAUAUCUCUCAUCCUAAUCUCUCCUUAUCUCAUCCAUUACUUCCACCGCACCAUCCUUUACCCUCUUCGUCUCCUCCGCAGCUCCUCUGGAAAAAGUGGUUUUCCGAUUAGUAUCGCCGCCAUGGCUUUCACCUUUAAUCUCCUCAACGCUUAUAUCCAGGCGAGAUGGGUCUCUCACUACAAGAACGACUACGAAGACGGACUAUGGUUCUGGUGGCGGUUUAUUAUUGGUUUUAUGGUCUUUGUCGCCGGUAUGUGGAUUAACAUCACGUCAGACCGGACUUUGGUACGAUUGAAGAAAGAGAACCGGGGAGGUUAUGUGAUACCGAGAGGAGGAUGGUUCGAGCUUGUAAGCUGCCCGAAUUACUUUGGAGAAGUCGUAGAGUGGUUGGGCUGGGCUGUUAUGACUUGGUCUUGGGCCGGUAUUGGGUUUUUUCUGUACACUUGUUCCAAUUUGAUCCCACGCGCACAUGCGAGUCGCAAGUGGUACAUUGACAAGUUCAAGGAUGAGUAUCCCAAGACUCGAAAAGCUGUUAUUCCUUUUGUGUACUAAAAAUAUUGGGUGUGAAUGGUUGCAGCGGUUGGGGCGGACAAAUCCAUCUGCGGAUUAGACCGUUUUUUAUUUACCAUUCAUCAAUCAUAGUCCACAGUGGUGCGGUCCAAAGAAAACAGAAACAAAACUGCAGCGGACCAACUGUGGACCAUUUUUACACGCAAAUAGAGUUGGACCGCUGCGGUCUGUUGUCCACAUAAAAAAUACAGUGGUCUAGUCCACAGACGGAUUUAUCCGCCUUGACCGCGGUUACCAUUCACACCCAUUGUGUUCCAUUAUUCAUAAUUUAUGUCUCAAACUUUAUACUAGUGAAUAUGUUUCGAAGUUUCUAUAUGGUCUAAAGAUCAUUCAAAAGUGCUUAAAUAAAACUGUGUAUUAUUUAGACAAAUCUAUAAAAUAUCAAAGGUUUGGGGUGAAGGCGUUACGUACGUCAUGUGAGACUUAGAAAGACAAAAACUAAGUGUUCUAACGAAACAAAGAGACAUAACAAAUACAGAAAUGAAUCAAAAGACAAAAAAGUCAACAGCAAACGCUUGAUCCAAUCCAGAAAUCAUGUUUCCAGUAACUAAAACUAGAGAAGGCAAGUCUUUUUUAGUUGCUGUUUCUCCACUAAGCGUUUAUAUGUUUUCUCUUUGCUUCAGAUUGUGGAGGAUACAGCCUCUUUACCAGAGAAAUCGAAAGAGCUUGAAGAUC